GUGGCCUGCUUUUCUGAGUACCAAAAGUGCCAUCUCUGUUGUGUGUGUCGAAUAAAAGUUUGCGUAGUUUUGGAAAUGAAUCAGCAAUCUCCACCAAAAGAUAAAAGAUGUUGAGAAAUAGUUCUUCCAAAGGUUUAACAGUCAUAUACCGAAGGUGUACAGUUAUGAAAAACUUUCAAAGGCACCUUCACAGAAGUUCCCCUAUCUCCAAAGUCAUCAAUCCUAAAUCACUUGACGCUCCACGGGUAUCGGUUACCGGCACCUUUUCAACAAACUUUAGUGCUAAAAGUCAUCCACAGAAUAUGGAAAAAGUUACUAUUGAAAAUAUCCUCUCUGAUGCAAAUAAACACAGGGUGCAGAAAGCGUUGGCUACCUCGAAGGAACUGAUGAAAUUUCCGUGGAUGUAUGAUGGGAAAACUGGGCGUGAGAGUCCUCGGGCUUGUGUUCUGAUUCCCUUCUGUACAGUGAAUGGUGAGCCGUCAGUUCUGUUCACUCUCAGGGCGACGGACUUGAACGAUCAUCAGGGGGAAGUCAGUUUUCCAGGUGGUAAAAUGGAUCCAAGUGAUAACGAUUUAAUCCACACGGCUGUUAGAGAGUGUUAUGAGGAGCUUGGUGUUCCAUCAGAUCGUGUGGACGUCUGGGGAAUGAUGAAAUCUGGAUUUCCGAGUAAAGCUGGUAAAUAUGCUGUGUGGGGUGUGAUAGCCAACCUAGGAGAAGUAGACGUCACAGAUUUAAAACUGGAUGAAAAUGAGGUAGAGGAGGUAUUCACAUGUCCUAUCGUGUCGCUAUGUGAUCCAAGAAGCGCUCGUUAUACAAUAUUUCGAAUCCGGGAGAAAGAACGAAAUCGAUUUCCAUCCAGCAUGAGGAAUAUGGACAGUUAUACGAUGCCAGUAUUUGGCGGGCAGAAAUAUCAAAUUUGGGGUCUGACAGCUAUCUUUCUUCAUUUCAGUUUCACGAUAUGUGCGCCUGGAUGGUAUAAUCUUAGAUUAAAACAGUAGUUUGAACACGGUUAUGUUGUGGAUUGGAAAUUUGUGCCUUGCCAAUUGAGUGCAAAAUACAUCACAACAGCAAUGCUGAAUUUGUAUUGAGUUCGUAUUAAAGCAAUUGGAAAUUUUCAAAUUCAAUUUCAAAUUUCUAAAAAUCCUGGAAGAUCAAGCGUUACUCAGAGAGGUUUGCCUGUGAUAUCACACGAGUCUUGUAAUGUACAUGUACCUACAGACUAGUCAAUAAAACUAAAGUA